AGUAAUUAAUUGUCUAAUAACUAAACGCGCCCCAGAGUGACGUCACGCCGAGUUUCUGUUGCUAGGCAACGCCCAUAAACAGACAUUGGACUCUCGUGACGGUUUCUCGUGCGGAGGCUUUUCGGUUGUUUUCCUUCUUUUUCUGUAUUAAAAUUUCCUAAUGAUCUAAUAUUAUUAGAAUGAGUUCGGUGUUACAGACUAAAAGGGAACCUACGAAUGAAUCAUACACCUUCUCCAGCCGUCCUCAUGCCGCCCCACACCGCCUCCGGUACACAGACCCCGUGGGGAUGGAAGGUGAAGGACGGCAGGCCUACGGAAACAUCAUGUAUGAUCGACGUGUGGUUCGAGGAAGCACAUAUGCACAAAACAUAUUGCCAGUGACGUCUCAGCCCGACCCAGUCGAGAUCCAACGUCACCAAGAGGCCAUGCGACGAGCCGCAGCAAAGCGGCAGGCCAAAGAGAAGUAUCGGAUAAGAACUCCAGAACCAGUGGAGGGCCGAAAGCACAUUGACGUUCAGACUGAAUUGUAUUUGGAAGAGCUGAGUGAUCAGAUCGAGGAUGUCACUGUGGACUGCCAGACUGACGAAUUUCUGGACAAGCCGGCCACGCCUCUCUUCAUCCCGGCCAAAUCCGGCAAAGACGCAGAGACACAGAUAGAAGAAGGAGAGCUGUUCGACUUCAAUCUGGAGGUGAAACCAAUACUGCAGGUGUUGGUAGGGAAGACCAUGGAGCAGGCUUUCCUGGAAGUCCUGGAGGAGGAAGAGCUGGCUGUGUUGAGGGCUCAGCAGCGCGCUUUCCAGGACCUGCGAAACGCAGAAUUGGUGGAAAUUCAAAGACUGGAAGAAGAGCAGAGACGCCACACUGAGGAGAAGGAGAGGAGGAUCAAGCAGCAAAGGCUGAUCAUGAAGAAGGAAAGAGAAACAGCAGAUAAAAUCGCUGCUCGAACCUUCGCUCAACAAUAUCUCGCUGACCUGAUUCCUUCAGUCUACGCAAAUCUGAGAAUCCGGGGAUAUUUCUACGAUCCGGUGGAAAGUGAAAUAGAAACGAAAUUCCUUCCCUGGCUGAUGGCAGAAGUGAUCAAUGAUUCGGAACAGAACCACAUUGCACGCAAAGUGCUCGACAACGUCAUUCAGGAAGUGAGCAGCAUCAGUAAGGAAAGCUUUUAGAAAACCAGCUGCAAAUGAUGAUUUGUUGUUGUUGUUGUUGUUUAUCCUUGUAUUCAUUGUUUCCUGAAUAUGAGAAAGUAAUCCUGUAUUAAACAAAUAUGUUGAUCACUUUA